AUUAGAAGGGAAAAUCGGGGAGCAAGUGCACCGAGAGCAGCCGAGCCCAAUUCCAGAUAAGUAGCCAUUUUCUAAUCCUGCUUUAAAAAUUUUGCAGCGUGGAAGUAGAAGAAUCUCCAUCUCCAUGGAAGCCACACUUCUCCAACCUCAAUCCCAUUUCUAUGUUCAAGGUAGGAAUACUUGGUGUGAAUCUCGGUUCUGCAAUUCAAGAUUAUCCACAAAUCGUGUUUCUCUCAAACCAUUAUCGUCAGAAUUAUGCCGAAAACAGUCCUGUUCUUUUAACAAACAUGUGUUCUUCAAAGAAAACAAAGGGUUGUUGUUACUCAAUCAUUUUCCGAGGAACCCUGUAAAAGUUUGUGCUGCAUCGACAGAAUCCAUAAACUACGAACAGUUUGUAGACGCGGAAACAAGUGGGGAAAGUGCGUUGAAUGUGAAUAGAACUGAAAAUUCAGCGAUUUUGGAGCCGAAGCCUAAAGCAUUUAGGAAUAAAUUUUUAAACUUUGUCCGGUUUGGUUCGAUAAUUAAUAAUGCCGCAGAAUCCUUUUUCAAGAGCGAGAUAAGAAGAAGGCUGUUUGUGACUGCAGUCUUGAUAGUAAUCAGUCGUAUUGGAUACUUUAUUCCCUUACCGGGAUUCGAUCGGAGAUUGAUGCCCAAAAAUUAUCUCAGCUUCGUCUCUGGUGCUGUUGAUGAACUUGGUGAUCUCUCUCCCGAACUUAAGCUCUCUCUUUUCCAGCUUGGGAUCAGUCCUCAAAUAGCCGCAUCAAUCCUUAUGCAGGUGCUUUGUUAUGUCGUCCCGUCAUUAGUAAAGCUGCGGAAAGAAGGCUUAGAUGGUCACGAGAAGAUCAAGAGUUAUAUAUGGUGGAUCUCUCUAGGCUUUGCAGUUGUCGAGGCACUAAUCCUUUCCUUUUACUCUCUCCCCUAUUCAAUUUACGCGUCCAGCCACAGGGUAAAGCAUGUGAUGGUCACAACUUUAUUCAUGGUGUGUGGUGCGAUGACUAUGACUUGGAUUUGUGACAAGAUUACAGAGUCGGGAUUCGGUCAAGGGUCGUCUUUGAUUAUCUGCGUCAGCAUUUUGACUGGCUGCACAGAUACACUGUACAAGAUGUUGACUCAGCUCUCAGGAAGUUCGGUGAACUGGGGGCCUUACGUACUUGCAGUAUUAGGUGUUUUUACGGUGGUGACAAUGUGGGCAGUUGUUGUGACCGAGGGUUGCAGGAAAAUCAAGUUGCAAUAUUACGGUUUUAAACUUGCUUCUGCUACCAGAGAAGAUUCUCCUCUAACUGAGGUGGAGCCUUAUAUUCCAUUUAACAUAAACCCUGCUGGAAUGCAACCUGUACUUACUACUUCUUAUCUCUUGGCUUUUCCGGGCAUUGUUGCAAGUCUUCUUGGCUUGCGCUUUUGGGAACGUCUGAGAGAUAUCCUGAAUCCCGACACACCUCUCGGUGCAGAGCCUUGGGUUUACUAUUCUAUAUAUGCGUUUUUCGUCUUCCUUUUCAACAUAUUUGACAUUGCAAAUAUGCCGAAGGAAAUUGCGGAUUACUUAAAUAAGAUGGGAGCCAGAAUUCCAAAUAUAAAACCAGGAAAAGCCACAAUUGAGUAUUUAACGAAGAUCCAAGCAUCUACGCGUUUUUGGGGAGGUUUAUUACUGAGUUUUUUGGCGACUUCAUCGAGCAUUCUAGAUCAUCAUUUACGUAGUAUUAAUCAGGGAUUCUCCAUAGGCUUCACAUCGAUUCUAAUCAUUGUGGGUUCGAUAAUUGAAUUGCGAAGAUCGUACCAAGCCUACAAUGUUAUGCCAAGCCUUACUAAAGCAUUGCGGCGUUACGGACUAUGAUUUAUGUCCAAUAGAUAGAGAAAAUCUCAAUCAUUUGUGGAAGUUGGUGCUUAAUCGACGGAUCAUUCGCAAUCCAGUUGCCAAAUUAUCAACACGAGAGAGUCUCAGGUUUGCAAGCAAGGGUUGUAUGUAUAUUGGUUGCUUCGUUUAAUUACCGUAGUCAUUAUUUUUUUCUAUGUAGUGAUUUGAUGUAGUACUUGUUAUAGGAACCGUAACGAAUCACAUUGACCGUCGACAUUCAUUUUACGUAGAUUAUAAUGACGGAAAUUUAUUAUAUAUGAUUCCAAUUUUUGAGGCACUAUA